GGAAAAACAGGCGACCUCUUGUCCAGCUUAACUUUGGCCAUCUGCAUUGCGGGCGUCUAUCAUUUUCACGCACAAUUCUCACUAAACCUGUAGAAACACGAAGGACUUGCUCGCACGGAUCAAGCGACGAGAAUUUCUCACUCUCACCAAGCUGCGAUCAACCGCUGCUGCAGCUUCACUUUUGGACUCUACCCCGCCAUCGAUCAACCCCUCGCAAAUCCUCUCGAAGCUUGCCCAAGAUGCCCUCCGCCGACGCCCCAUCUGGCUUCCGUAAGGUUCAGAGCUUCGAAACCGAUUAUGCUCCGUGUACUAUUACCCAGUACAUCUCCGAACGCAGUGGCAUGCAGGUCGUCGUGGCAGAUCGAAAAGGCCCCAAGUUGAACGGCUACUUCACCCUGGCGACAGAAAUUUUGGAUGAUUCUGGUUCGCCGCAUACUCUAGAGCACUUGAUCUUCAUGGGCUCUAAGAGCUAUCAAUAUAAAGGACUUCUUGACAAGCUUUCCUCUCGAGCAUAUGCGGGUACCAAUGCCUGGACUGCCGUCGAUCACACAGCGUACACCCUCGAAAGUGCCGGCUGGGACGGCUUUGCGCAAGUCUUGCCCGUUUAUCUUGAACAUCUUAUUGUUCCUACUAUUACAGACGAAAGUGUCACUACUGAGGUCUGGCAUAUUGACGGCGAGGGAAACGAUGCUGGAGUUGUGUACUCUGAGAUGCAAGGUGUCGAAAACAACAGUGCCGAGAUUAUGGACCUGAAAGCCCGCCGCAUGUUGUACAAAGAGAAUAUUGGCUUCCGAUACGAGACUGGAGGCAUGACAGAGCAGCUCCGAAGCCUGACUCCUCAAAGGAUCCGUGAAUUUCAUCGCGAAAUGUAUCAGCCCCGAAACCUAUGUGUCAUCAUUGUGGGAGAAGCAGACCACACAGAACUUCUCCAAAUCAUGGACAACUUCGAGGAGAGCAUCAAGGAUGAUAUUCCGUCCUUGGAUAGCGACUUCAAGAGACCUUGGAUUGAUUCUGCCCAGCCGCCGCCUUUGCCAGAAACCGUAGUCACGACAGCCGAGUUCCCUGAAGAAGAUGAAUCCGUUGGAGAGAUCUUGGUCGGAUUUUUUGGUCCCAACUGCGUCGAUAUCAUUGCAACUUCGGCGUUGAACAUCCUCUUGACUUACCUAUGUGGCUCUUCUGUCGCCAUACUCGAAAACGCGCUGGUUGAAAAGGAGGAACUUGCGAGCUCCGUGGCAUACUGGUGGGAUUCGCGACCAAAUUCGGUUAUUUGGCUACAGCCCACGGGUGUUGCUACAGAGAAGCUGGAAUUCGUUGAGAAGCGCCUAUUUGAGCUACUCAAUGAAGUUACCUCUAAUCCACUGGAUAUGGCAUACAUGACAGAGUGCAUCCACCGUGAACAACGCCAGGUCAAAUAUCAUGCAGAAACAUCCGAAUCUUUUUAUGCCAACAACAUUAUCAAUGACUAUCUUUUCGGCAAACGGGAUGGAUCUACGCUUCGUGAUUUGCAGAACUUGAAGGAGUAUGAAGAACUUGAGAAAUGGACAGAUGAAGACUGGAGGGGUUUCAUAAAGAAGUGGUUGUUGGAUGCCAAGCACAUCUCCAUUCUAGGAAAGCCGUCGUUGAAACUGGCCGAAAAGAUCAAACAGGAUGAGAAGGAUCGUCUUGCGAAGCGCAAAGAAGAACUUGGCACCGCCGGUUUGGAAAAGCUGGCCAAGACCUUGGCUGAUGCCAAAGCCAAAAACGACACACCAAUUCCCGUUGAGGUUUUGGAUCGCUGGACUGUUCCUGGUACGGAAUCCAUUCAUUUUAUUGAAUCCGACACUGCGAGAUCGGGUAAAGCGCUUGACAUCGGCGCCGGCGAUGGACCGGCUCAAAAGAUCAUUAAUGAGGCGCCCAAAGGCAAUUCACCACUCUUUAUCCAGUUCGAGGAUGUUCCAACCAACUUUGCUCACAUCUCUGUUCACGUCGGAACCAGCAACGUUCCCGUCGAGCUGAAACCGUUGAUCCCCAUCUUCUCAGAUAACUUUUUCAACACUCAUAUUAUGAAGGACGGCAAACUUGUCAGCUUUGAACAAGUUGUUAUGGAACUUGAGCGAGAUAGCGUCGGCUACGGACUUGGCUCCGCCAGAGGUGUUGCAGACCCAGAGGGAUUGAUGAUUCAGUUUCAGGUUGAGCCAGCGAAAUACGGCACAGCAGUCGAAUGGAUUCGAACCAUGAUGUUCGACUCUGUAUUCGAUCCUCAACGCCUCAACGCAGCAAUCACGAAAGCAUUGGCAGAUAUCCCAGAGGCUAAGCGAGAUGGUCGCAGCAUGUCUAUGGAAAUCGAUGCUGCCAUUCAUCUCGAUCGUAACAGUGCCACUGUUGCCAAGCGCACGUUGGUGCGCGCCGUAUAUCUGAGGCGCCUCAAGAAGAUUCUCAAGGCGGACCCCGAAAAAGUGGUGGGCUGGUUCAACAAGAUUCGGGAGUCACUCUUCACAUUCGAAAACCUGAGACUUCUCGUCACUGCACGCCUCUCGACACUGCCGAACCCGCUUACGUCAUGGAGUUCUCUUGAGAAGUCGUUGAAGACGUCCGGAGACAUGAUUCCUAUUCCCAAACUGGACAGCAUUUUGAACCAAGAGGGUCGCAAGCCCGGUUCCGUAGGUGCUACGAUCGUUCCAAUGGCAGCAUUGGAUGGUUCCUAUUCAGUUAGCACUACAUCUAGCAUCACAUCUUUGUCUGAUCCAAACCUCCCGGCCAUCAUGGUUGCCAUUGGGUAUUUGGAAACAGUCGAGGGCCCCCUUUGGGUUGCUGUUCGAGGUGCUGGCUACGCAUAUGGAAGUCACUUCUCUCGCAGCCUAGAGUGCGGUGUGCUAUGUUAUCGCGUUUUCAGAUCUCCCGACGCUUCCAAGGCGAUUAUUGCCUCCCGAGAUGCCAUCCGCAAGAUUGCAUCUGGCGAGGUUGCCAUCGACAAACAUCUCCUGGAAGGAACAGUCAGUCAGAUUGUUGUUGGUUUUGCCGACGAGCAAGCCACAAUGCCUAGCGCAGCGCAACAAAACUACGUCCGCAGCGUUGUUCGUGGGUUAGACAAGGACUGGAAUAAGGAUAUUCUUCGUCGUGUUCGUGAGGUUUCAGAAGAGGAUAUCCGAAGUGCUCUUAACACCUUCAUUCUCCCCUGCUUCGAACCCGGAAAGAGCAAUGUUGUCGUAACAUGUGCGAAAAACAUGCAAGAGAAUAUGGAGACAGCAUUCAAGGGAAUUGGAUAUGAAGUUCAAUCACACGAACUAAGCUACUUCCACGAUGACUACGGACUAGAGGCGCCUGAGGGUGAUGAAGAAGACGAUGAGGAUGACGAAGAUGAUGACGACGAAGACGAUGAUGACGAGGAGGACGAAGAAGACUACUCUGAUGAUGAUGAGUCGGACUGAUUGUGUCACAUAUAUGAAAUCUUGAUUCGCAUUACAUGAUCCUGCCUAGCUGUAAUUGCAUCAAACU